ACAAAAAAAGGAGGCACAUACACCGAUUCACUCCCUCGGUGUCUCCGCCUCCUUUUUUAUUUUUGUAUAUUAAUACUUCAUUAUUAUAUAUAUAUAUAUAUAUAUAUAUUUUUUUUUUUUUCAAAUCCGUUUCUUUCUCUGAAAAAAGUGAAAAGAUCGUUACGGCUCCAAACAAAGAGGAAAGCGCCGUCGUUUUGCUCUGGAAAUGUCGGCGGUUUCGAAUUUCGCGCCGUCCUGUUACGCCGGAGGGAGAUCGGUUAGUUUUUCCGCGACGGCGACGGCGGCAGAGUCGAAGUUCCGGCCCAAUAUGGCUUUGAUUCGGAGGCCUUUUGAGAAUGACAAGUUCCUCGUCUCUCGUUUAGCUCUUCGUCAAUCCAGCAGGGCAACUAAAGAUUUAACUGUACGUAUGGCAAUAGUAGAUGAGAGGCUUGCUCGUAGGGGAAAUGUGGGGAAGACUUCUGAAAUCUUGGCUUAUGAUCUUAUUCAAGGAGCACUUGUAAGAUGGAGUUCUAUAAUGGACAAGUCAUUUCCUGACCCACCAACAGCUGUUUUUCUGCAUGGCAUUCUAGGUAGCAGGAAGAACUGGGGUACCUUUGCACGGAGAUUGGCCAAGGAAUUUCCAACAUGGCAGUUUCUUUUAGUAGACUUGCGUUGCCACGGUGAUUCAGCAUCGAUAAAGAAGAGGGGUCCCCAUACUGUUGCUUCCACUGCUCUUGAUGUCUUAAAGCUAGUUGGACAGCUAAGAAUGACACCUCGAGUUCUAGUUGGCCAUAGUUUUGGAGGGAAAGUUGCAUUGAGCAUGGUAGAGCAAGCUGCAAAACCUCUUGCACGACCAGUCAAAGUUUGGUCUCUAGAUGCUACUCCUGGAAAGCUUCGAUCUGGUGGAGAUGGAGAGGAUCAUCCAGAAGAACUAAUAGCAUUUUUAAGUACAUUGCCAAAGGAGGUCUCCUCAAAGCGGGAUGUUGUAAAUGCUCUCAUUCAACAAGGAUUUUCGAAAGAUGUGGCACAGUGGGUGGUAACUAACCUUCGAACAAAUGGUUCUCCUGGUUCAUCAUCAUCAAGCUUCUCAUGGGUGUUUGACCUCAAGGGAAUAGCUGAAAUGUAUCAAUCCUAUGAAGAAACAAAUCUAUGGAAAAUCGUUGAAGAUGUGCCUCAAGGUGUGCAUGUUAAUUUUUUGAAAGCUGAAAGGAGCCUGCACAGGUGGGCUCUUGAAGAUCUCCAGAGAAUUCAUGCUGCUGAGGAAAUUGCUGCUGAAGAGGGAGCUGGAGUUGAAAUGCAUGUCCUUGAAGAUGCUGGCCAUUGGGUACAAGCGGAUAACCCAGAUGGGCUCUUUAGGAUUCUUUCAUCUUCUUUCAAGGGAAUAAAAACCUAAGGGAUCUCAAGGUUAUUUUCACUUUCAGUUCAGAGUUAGUUGUCCUUCAAACACAAGCAUCUGUCACAUAUAUUCCUUUUCCAGCAGGAGGUUAUCAGAUGAUCGUAUGUAUCUACUGUAUUAUAACAAUUUUGUGUAUCUCUUUUCAUUCUUUGUUUUUCCUUUUCUUUUCUUUUUCCUUAGCCUUUUAGUCCUCCACCCGUUUUUCUCAUCAUCUUUCCAACUGUAUUAGCAAUUUAUAAUGAUCUAUUUAUCUAUCUAUCUUUUCUGUAUAUGGCACUGUGGUUAGUCUACACAGUAGUGAUUGCAAAAGAAGGUAAAGCAGAUGACCUGUGAAGAAUGCUAUAUGUUUUUAGAGGAAAAGAAGAAAGAAAUAGAAGAGCUUUUAUAAUUC